UUUGUAUGAGUGGCGCCCCACAGUGGACACCAGGGCAAAUAGACCGUGUUUACUAUGUAAACUCUUAUUGAUCAGAUCUAUUCAGUUGGUCAGACAGCCAAGACCUGGACAUGUUAUCAAAAGUUGGUGUUUUCUGCAGAGCUGCUUUCUGUUCUCACCUCUGAAGAGAAAAAUUGUGUCCUCGUUAGUAUAGUGCCCUCUCUACUUCUUCUCAGACCACUUGAGGUUUAGUUGUUGUCGCCGCCCCGUGUGAAGCAGUGAGCAGCUGUGGUGACAGCAGAGUUUCAGCAGCUGGUAAUCAAAACGUGCUGCUUGUUCAUCAUGAAGGUCGUGCUGCUGGUCGCACUGCUCUCAGUGUCAGGAUGUGACGGCAUGAAAGUUGUUGGUCAGACGGGUCAGAAUGUGACUCUGCCCUGUAAUUAUCAUAUAAAACAACAUGGAGCACUGCAUGUUUGCUGGGGAAAAGGAGAAAUACCGUCCAGCAAGUGCAGCAACCAGCUCCUCUCUACAAACGAACAUAAAGUUUUGACCAGAGCUUCCAGCAGGUAUCAGCUGCUGGGACGACUGGAUGAAGGAGACGUUUCUCUGACCAUCCUCAACCUCACAGAGGAAGAUGCUGGACGAUACGGAUGUAGAGCAGAGAUACCUGGAUGGUUCAAUGAUCAAAAACAUCAUUUUGACUUGACAGUUGAAAGAGCUUUGAGUGGAAUUGGUUCCCGGACUGAAGCAGACGCUCCGACCACCUGGACCCCAUCAGAACCUCAGACGUCCUCAGAGAGACCAGCUGCUGCUCAGACUGCAGCAGAUCAGCUGACCACAGAGAGCCUCCUGACUUCCUGUUCUAACAGCAGCAGCUUCACAGAGGAGCGGCAGGAGGAGGGCAAUACGGUGACCAUGGUUCUGGUGCUGGUUCUGUUCCUGCUGGUGGUUGUGCUCACUGCAGCAGGACUCUUCUUCAUGGCCAGAAGAUGGAAGCAGCUCAAGCUGCUUCCCCAGCAGCAGCAGCAGCAGCAGCAGCGGCGUCAGGUCCAGAUCAGCUCCACCUCCUCCACCCUGCAGCUGCACCAGCGGGCCUCCGCCGUGGAGAACAUCUACCAGAUAGACGGAGCCGCCGAAGGGGGAGGAGACUACGAGUUCUGCCCCUGAGGCCCCGCCCACUUCCAGCAUCGCCACAGAGACAGGAAACAUAACGGGAGCUGACCAAUCACAGCUCCGCUGGCAGGUUGAUGUUCAGGUCAGAAGGUCAAGUUAGAGGAUGAGGAAACUCCCGGAAACUAUGAUCAUCAUCAUGGUCAUUAUUAUUAUCAUUAUUAUUGUUAAUAUUAUUAUAAUUAUUGUUACUAACAUUUGACAUGAAGCUGAUUCAGAGUUUAAAUAUUUAAAACGAGGAUUAAUGAAUCAUUUUUUAUGAUCGGAGCUUAAUUUCUGACUGUGAUGCUAAACAAUGAAACCCUCAUGAAAGGUCAGAGGUCAGAGACUGGAAUGACAUCAUUGGAGAGGACACUUCCUGCUGGAAUCCGUUAAACUCUUGGGGGGAAACAGAAAACCGUCUUCUGGAUCAGAACCGGCUCCGGGUGGUGGGGGAACCUGGAGGUUCUGGUUCUGGUUCUUGUCCUCCUGGCUCCUGUGAGAAGCAGGUUCUGACCAGACGGCUGCCGCUCUUAUGAAGCAUGUUACUGUUUUUCUAUUUGUGAGAACUUUGCAAUUUUAUUUCUGUAUUUAUAGGAAUAAAUUUUACUAAUUAAUUUCUGCAUGGAAACCUGAGAAACUGUUGGUCCAUUAAACCCACUGAAAACUUUUUACUGCAGAUCAUGAGCACAGAGUCUGACUGACUGAAGGCUCAUAGUUAAUCCCAGUGUGAAGUCAUAUUAAAGUGUUUCUGUAUUUUA